UAGUAUGGUCACACUCAAAGUCUUGGCGUCUUCUUGUUUCAGCGCGCUUUUUGUUUAAAUAUUUGUGUUAAUUUUAAUUGAAAUAUAUAUAUUACCUGCAAUUGUUAAUUGUUUUUAUAUUUGUGAUGGAUUUCGAGAAUGCCAAGGAGAACAUACAACCAUUGGCCAGUGGGCGCAAUGUGAGUCUUCUGCAGGCAUCAGUGAUAAGCCAAGAUGGUGGACCUGGACACGAAUUGUUAAUCCAGCAGCGCAAGCAAAUGGAGGAGAAUAUUGAAUCAUAUGAGGGUGACGAUCCACUGACACCUUGGUAUGAUUACAUCUGUUGGAUCGAGCAAAGUUAUCCGGCAGGAGGCACUGGCUCCGGUUUACAAGCGGCCAUGCAUAAAUGCUUAACGAAAUUCGAACAAGAUGAACGCUACAAGCAGGAUGGACGACUAAUUAAAUUGUUUAUUAAAUAUAUGAAGAACCAAAAGGAUCAACUGGAAUGCUAUCAACAGAUGUACAAUAGUGGCAUUGGUACCAUGCUGGCAGAUUUCUAUAUAGCCUGGGCUUAUAGCUAUGAUUUGAGUGGCAAUAUGAGCAAGGCGGAUGAUAUUUUCCGCCUGGGUAUAGCUUGCCGGGCAGAGCCAUUGGAUGAUUUGCGAGAGGCACAUCAGCACUUUGGUUACACGGUGGGACAACGCGUCUUGCAUACUGGCGAGAGGGCUGAGGAGGCAGUCCAAGAGUUGAAUGAAAGACGUCUGGCCUUGCAAUCUCUACGUGGCCAGAAGCUAAGGAAUGUCAAUACCAUAACUGUGGGCAGUAUAAGGACAGGAGCAGCGGUUCGAAGUCAAAUGCCCGGAGUCGUAGAGGGUCAGUCAAGUCGCACACGUCCUAAUCUUGUACGUCAGGUGUCUGUCUAUCAUGAUGAGAAUGCUGAUGGUAAUCUACCCAUUGCUGUUCCUCCAUUACCGGAUGCGGAGCCCAAGACCAGUUUACGUUCGAUCAUUGAUGCCACCCGGCAGCAGGAGAAUCUAAAAGAGCCCGUUGGAUGGAAUAAGGCACAUGCUAAGCCCUUUAAGCCAUCCAAAAUAUUUGGUCGUCAUGCUCAUGCCCCAGAAUUGGGAUUUGGCAUUCAUGUGGACGAGCAGAAGGUGCUGCCUUUCAAGUUUCCUCCCAAUUGGGUAGAGAAAAAUAAACCCCUUGAGCCUUGGGUUACACCAGUGACCAUUGAAGAUGAACCCAAUCCCAAAGAGUUGCCAUGCUACAACAAAUGUUUGUGCUAUCCGCUUCCCAAUUUGGAGUUCUCACCGGAAGAGUAUAUGGCCUAUUAUCGCUUGAAGCGUAUUGAUCCUCAACAUCGGUUUGUCCAAAAACACAAUAAAUGGUGGUCAUUGGGCAUGGAGGCAGGAGUUCGUCGGUUUCCAAACUAUCCAUCGGCUUCUACGCCACAAACAUUGGACGAGUUGGACAAGUAUUUCAAACCGCCAGAAUCGCCAGGUAUCCAAUUUAAUUUCGCUGAAAUUUACAAUGAUGCAGAGCAAAGGGAAUAUCAAGUAGAGGAACUUUUAGCAAACAAAUGGAGGGAGAAGAGAAAUAUGACUGUGCUCGAUGACAUGGAUAUGGAGGAGACAGUUUGCUUACCAGGUGAAAAGAUGCCAAGGCGUAAAAGUUUUUUUCCAUCGUCUUCAAGGAAGUCUAUUAUGCCAUCAAAGCCCGCUAAUUCAAUCAUUGUAGAGGAGGAGGAGGAAGAGGUGCAGAAACUGGAUCAAUCUAAGAGAAAGGAAAGUGCUGUGCUAAAGGAACAGUCACACAUGACAUUGCGUGAUAAACCGGCGCUUGAUCAAACCCCACUAACAAUUCCAAGCAAGAGUUGCCUGGCUCUUGCUCCUUCUCCUGUCCAAGCUCCUCUUGUUGCUUCUGCUCCUUCUCCUAUACAAGUUCCUCUGCCUGCACCUGUUUCUAUACCUGGUCCAGCUCCAGCUGCUGCUCCAGCUAUAACUCCAUCUCUCGCUCUAAAGCCAGUAAACGAUAAAGAUAAUUUUGUUAUGCCAGCUCCUCCGUCUCGUCCUAAGAUUGAGAUUUUCGUAGAUCCAGAGGAACCAACACCUCCGUCAGCGGCUGAUAAACCCGCAUCGUGUGCCUACUUUGAUGCAGAUGAAACCUGUUCCACUCAAAUGUUCAACAUUUUCAUUAAAAACCAAGCUGUGAGCACACCAAAAGCUCCCCAAAAGCAAGCGCCAACACGUCAAUUUGGUACACUGCUCAAACCUCAAGAUUUAGAGCCUCCAGCCUCUGUUCCAGACGAUCAUCCUCCUCCUCCUCCGGCUACAAAUGCUUCACCAGGCGAAACGGUUUCGCCUGUUAUGCGCAAGCAAUUGUCGACAAUAUUGGAGACUUCCGAGCAUGGUACUCAGAGCUCUGCGGCGACUAUUGGUACCACCAAAUCGACCAUAACAUCAGCUAGUUCUUCGAGCUCACCAUCAUCGGAAUGUACACCAGGGCCAUUGAGGUAUCCACGUAUGCCUAACAUUGGCCUAUCUAUGGUUGGCGAGGAGCCAGAGCAACAAUCCCUUCUACAAGCUGGAAAUUUCACACGCCGCGAACUCUGGGAACCGAAUGCACCCAGUGGCCCUCUUAUGAAAUCCAUUCGUUUUCAAGAAGAUAAAACAGAAACCGUUCCCAGGCCGCACCAAUUAUUCCGUUUUCAAGAAGAUAAGACCGAAACUUUACCUAAAAUGCCUUUGGCUGAAGUUGCAAACUCUUCUAAAGUGCUUAAUGUGCCACCAGAGCCACCAAUGCUUCCUGCUGAAUCCGAUAAAGGGGAUAAUUUCUUUAAUCUCUUUUGCAAGAGCCCAGAUGCCAAUAAAACUUUUGGUUCGCCCUUGCGACAGGAUGUAUCGAAAAAGAGAUGUGAUCAGCCCACUCCUGAUGUCUUUAAAAAAUCUCAAAAGGUUCUUCCUUUGCCUCAAGAGGUCAGUAAAUUAGCUGAAUCCUUCAUGGCGGACUUGUCCUUUGUGCCGGAAACGCAACCUCAGCCCAAGCCCAAUAACUUUGAGAUUUUUCUCGAUGAAACUGUGCCCGAGACACAGCCACAACUCAGUCCAUUGAAGCAGAAUCACUCGAUUAAAAAGGAAGAGAUUCGUUCAACUCAUCUAACUGAUUCGUUUAUGAAAAAUUGCACAGAGCUAAGCAGUUGUCCUCCAGCUAGCAUGCCUAUGCCAGCAGUUUUGCCAUCAUCCGCUAACUCCUCAUCUGCUACAUCGCUGAAAUUUCUCAGUGGUCUCGAGAAAUCUCCAACAGGAAAAUGUGAGAAUUUCGAAUUGAAUGCAGCUACUGAAAUGUUUGCCACCAACAUAAGUAUGAUCAAGAAUUCCACAUUGCUGCCAGUGCCACAAAUAAAUCCUCCGCUCCCCUUGCCAAUUGAGGAGCAUGGUGAUCUUAGUAUCUACUAUAAGAAAACUCCACUUACGCCCAAGCAAACGCAACGCUCCUGGUCACAACCGGAUCAAGAUGAAGAUGGAGACUACCUGCAUCCAGUUAAAGGGCCACUCGAACAAUCUGUACUCAAUGAGACUCUAGCCGAUACAAAUGUAAAUCCUUUCAAUGCCGAUCUAAUUGCCUCACUGCUGGAAUCCAUUGAUUUUACCUUGUACAUUGAAAAGCUGCCCAAUUGCCAAAUGUUGCGGGAUGUCAAGAAAUUGCAACCCAAUACGGAAAUUUAUGUGAAUGAUGAACAGUUUAAGGUACUCAAAUGUAUUGGCAAGGGAGCCUAUGGUUCUGUCUUUUCCGGCAAGCAUGUGAAGAGUGGUAAAAAAGUGGCCCUUAAACAGGAACGACCCACCAACUAUUGGGAGUAUUAUGUGGGCCUUGAGGUGCACAGUCGUUUGACUAGUGAGCAAAUGAUUCCUGCUUUUAUGGCCAUUGAUUAUGCUUUGGUUGGUAACAAUUCAAGUAUCUAUAUAUCUGAUUUUUCGCCUUUUGGCUCUUUAAUCGAUGUUUGUAACAAAAUCAAAAAACAUACAAAUAGAAAUGUAGAUGAAUAUGUUGUUAUGCAUCUUAGCUGUCAAAUAUUGGAUAUAAUUGAUCAUUUGCAUGCUAUAGGGAUUAUUCAUGCCGAUAUUAAGCCCGAUAACUUUUUACUUAUGCAACCUUUGAAAGCACAACCAAAUGAUUUGAGUCUGCAAUUGAUUGACUUUGGUGUGGCAAUUGACACAAAACUCUUUCCACCCAAUCAAUCGUUUAACUAUAUUAACAAUGAUGACAUAUUCAAGUGCAUCGAGAUGCGUACAGGUCGUCCAUGGACAUAUCAAUUGGAUUUGUUUGGCCUGGCAGGAGUUCUGCAUGUCAUGCUGCUUGGUCGCUACAUGGAGGUGGCCCAGCGUACACCAAAUACAAACAUUUGGUUACCAAAGAACGCUUUGCCUCGCUAUUACAAUCAGAUUUGGGAAUCAAUCUUUCGUACCCUGCUUAAUAUACGUGAUUGUCGAACUAUGCCAAAUUUGCAGCAAUUAAAGACUUCACUUAAAUCCGAAAUGGCUGAAAAGGAAAAAUAUGUCAAUGAAGCGGUACACAAAUUUAAUGCCAUAUUAUUGCAAUCGUAACAACGUUGCAUUGAUAAUUAGGACAAUCAACCAACACAUAACAACUUGAUCUUAGAUAUUAUUUAUAUUAUAUAUGUAUUACUUAUUUGACAUUCCGCGUUGUCUGUUUAAUUUUGUGCCCCAUAAUAAUAAUUGAUAUUGAUUUUUAAUUGCUUAUAGACAUUGUUAAAUGUAUUUGACCUUAUUUUGUAUACCGCUUUAACUAAAUAGAACACCAUGUUUUGAAAAUA